AUGACUCUCACAAAAGCCCUCUUCUUUCUAAUCGCUCUAUGCUUCACCUCUACACAAGCAGCACGGUUUGACAUCAUAAACCGAUGCCGGUACACCGUAUGGGCCGCGGCUGUGCCUGGUGGUGGGAGAAGGCUCGACUCGGGCCAGUCCUGGGCCCUGGACGUGGCAGCAGGAACGAAAGGGGCCCGCAUUUGGGCCCGAACGGGGUGCAACUUCGACGGUUCGGGCCGCGGUAAAUGCCAAACGGGUGACUGCGGCGGCGUCCGAGAGUGCACUGCGUACGGUGCACCUCCCAACACCUUAGCGGAAUACGCACUGAACCAAUUUAACAACUUGGACUUCUUCGAUAUCUCUCUUGUUGACGGUUUCAACGUUCCCAUGGACUUUAGCCCCACGUCGAACGGGUGCACCCGUGGCAUAAGAUGCACUGCUGACAUUAACGGACAGUGCCCUAGUCAGCUUAAGACUCAAGGUGGUUGCAACAACCCAUGUACUGUGUUCAAAACUAACCAGUAUUGUUGUAAUUCUGGUAGCUGUGGCCCCACUACUUAUUCCAAAUUCUUCAAAGAUAGGUGCCCCGAUGCUUAUAGUUACCCCAAGGAUGAUCAAACCAGCACGUUUACUUGCAAGGGUGGAACUAACUAUAGGGUUGUCUUUUGCCCUUGA